AUGCGGAUGAUCAUUGGACGUCCUUGGAACGCAUGCGACCCAGAAGUGCCGACCGGGGCACGAAACUGGAAACGAUUACGUCGUGGUGGAACGCAUGCGGACGAGUAUUGGACGCUCUUGGAACGCAUGCCACCCGGAAGUUCAGACAGUGGCACGAAAUCGGAAGUGAUUAUACCGCAACGGCAGCGGUAUGGGAAGCUCUAAAAACAUAGAGAUUGUUGAUUGGUUGUUGGGCAAAGGGGGCAGGUCUUCAAUACCCGUUUCCCGCGCCAAUAUGGGGGAUUUAAAUAUUUGUGUGAAGCUUGAUGUAACUACUGCACCUGAGGAAGACGUUUAUUUGUCGAUUUUAUAUAUUUGUUAAAUAAAUUAUACUUUUAUUUCUAAUCAGUAUGCCUCUUUUUUUGAGGAUCAAGCUUCACCUACUGGAAUUUAUUCUGACCGCACGUUAUCAGGACAGGCUUAGACAGCGCUGGGUUUAUAUCUAAUGUAGGGGAUCUGACUGCACGUUAUCAGGACAGGCUCAGACAGCGCUGGGUUUAUAUCUAAUGUAGGGGAUCUGACCGCACGUUAUCAGGACAGGCUCAGACAGCGCUGGGUUUAUAUCUAAUGUAGGGGAUCUGACCGCACGUUAUCAGGACAGGCUCAGACAGCGCUGGGUUUAUAUCUAAUGUAGGGGAUCUGACUGCACGUUAUCAGGACAGGCUCAGACAGCGCUGGGUUUAUAUCUAAUGUAGGGGAUCUGACUGCAUGUUAUCAGGACAGGCUCAGACAGCGCUGGGUUUAUAUCUAAUGUAGGGGAUCUGACUGCACGUUAUCAGGACAGGUCAAACAGUGCUGGGUUUAUAUCUAAUGUAGGGGAUCUGACUGCACGUUAUCAGGACAGGCUCAGACAGUGCUGGGUUUUUAUCUAAUGUAGGGGGUCUGACUGCAUGUUAUCAGGACAGGCUCAGACAGCGCUGGGUUUAUAUCUAAUGUAGGGGAUCUGACCGCACGUUAACAGGACAGGCUCAGACAGCGCUGGGUUUAUAUCUAAUGUAGGGGAUCUGACUGCACAUUAUCAGGACAGGCUCAGUUCCCUUAGAAUCUUAGACUCUUCAUUCUAUAUCUUAAUCUCCUUGUUAUGAAUGGCCGCGCUAAACUUGUCCUAGUGACAUAGGUAAAGUAAUUUAAUGCAGCUGUAGGUACAGUGUUUGUCAUGCACAUUGCGAGUCUCCUUGUAACAGAUCCUCAGUGAGUCACGUCCAUUGUGCGACUGUUGGGAAAGGAAUUUUAUAGGAAGGAUCAGACUGUCUCAGAGUGACACACAGUUUCAGUGUCAGCUCCACGUCCAGGCUGGUUGGCUGGCCGUCACGCUGAGCAUUUAAUAACCAUGGGAAAUAUUCCACAGAUCCUAAAAAUAACCGAGCUUACACAUUAACAAAAACACAGUAUUAGCAAAUCCUCAGCGGAGAGGUUAAGACGUCAACAUUUAAAGGGGAAAAUAGAAUAAAACAUUCAUUGUUAUUUAAUUCCCAUAAAAAAGUGCUGGAGAGAUAUCUACCUCUACAAUUUCAGGGCUCCUUCUACUCCUCAGAAAUGCUCGAUGCAAGGCACCCCAUUGUCUCCAUAAUUAACAGGAAGCACACAUGGGAAUGUCAGAAGAGUUAACAAGCUGAGAGAUACAAUGAUAGGAUCCGCAUGUUCCUGAACACUUUUAAAGCAGCCAAGGGCCCUUAAUCCUGACUGCACACCUCCAGGUGGAUCACACAUGGUGACAUAGGAUAGGAGUCCAUUCUCUGCCUACUGGACAGUUACAUCUUUCCACAAGUGUCGCACUCACUGCAACACAAUGCCACACAAUGUAAGAGGGACGAAACUUCCCCUUUAUCAACACUUUAUUGUGUAAUGAUACUGCGUCUGUAUAAACACGCCACUCUGUAUAAUACUGAGUAUCUAUACGCUGAUAAUGAACACAGCACUCUGUAUAAUGAUACUGAGUAUCUAUACACUGAUACUGAACACAGCGCUCUGUAUAAUGAUACGGAGUAUCUAUACGCUGAUAAUGAACACCGCGCUCUGUAUAAUGAUACCGAGUAUCUACACACUGAUAAUGAACACGCCGCUCUGUAUAAUGAUACUGAACACAGCGCUCUGUAUAAUGAUACUGAGUAUCUAUACACUGAUAAUGAACACAGCGCUCUGUAUAAUGAUACUGAGUAUCUAUACGCUGAUAAUGAACACAGCGCUCUGUAUAAUAAUACUGAGUAUCUAUACACUGAUAAUGAACACAGCGCUCUGUAUAAUGAUACUGAGUAUCUAUACACUGAUAAUGAACACAGCGCUCUGUAUAAUGAUACUGAGUAUCUAUACGCUUAUAAUGAACACGCCGCUCUGUAUACUAAUACUGAGUAUCUAUACGCUGAUAAUGAACACGCCGCUCUGUAUAAUGAUCCUGAGUAUCUAUACACUAAUAAUGAACACAGCGCUCUGUAUAAUAAUACUGAGUAUCUAUACACUGAUAAUGAACACAGCGCUCUGUAUAAUGAUACUGAGUAUCUAUACACUGAAUGA